AGGAGGCAAUCAUCUCCAGCCCAGAAGCAGUAGAAUCAGUGGUACAGCGUCAUCCGAUCAAGCCGAGUUCACACUAGGGUGGCCGCGAGUGUUUGUGAUAGUGAAUGAAGCACGUGGAUUAUUUUUUUCGGUGAAUCAAUGAGCUGACAUUUUGGAUCAAUAAAACUGUGUUCGGUACUAAAAAAUGGUCGAAGAAAACGAAGAAAUGCAAGACUGCCUGGACAACACCCUACGUCUGAACCGGCACGAAGAAAUCGAACUACCCACACUUACAAAUGCACCAAACUCGUCUAAUCAACUACCAGCAACAAAAAACAGCACUUUACCAGGCAGGGGGACGUGGGGUAGUAAAUUAGACUUUAUUUUAUCGGUGGUGGGGCUCGCCAUAGGUUUAGGUAACGUUUGGCGGUUUCCCUAUCUGUGUUAUAAAAAUGGGGGAGGUGCCUUCCUCGUACCGUACUUCAUCACCCUCAUAUUAGCGGGCAUCCCUAUGUUCUUCAUGGAGUUGGCGCUCGGUCAAAUGUUGACCAUUGGAGGGCUAGGGGUCUUCAAGAUCGCCCCCAUUUUCAAGGGUAUUGGAUAUGCAGCAGCCGUCAUGUCAUGCUGGAUGAAUAUUUAUUAUAUCGUUUUAUUGGCAUGGGCAAUCUUUUACUUCUUCAUGUCGUUGAGGGCAGAUGUACCGUGGAGAACUUGCCACAACUACUGGAAUACUGAAUUCUGCGUCAAUCCAUACGAUAGAGGAUCUCUUCCUUGCUGGGAGCAGUCUUAUCCCAACAACACCAUAAGCAAAAUUUGCGCGGUCAACAACCACAACAUUUCCAUAACUGAACUUACAGAUCCGGUCAAGGAAUUCUGGGAGCGUAGAGCACUUCAAAUUUCCUCUGGUAUCGAGCAUGUGGGAUCGAUUCGUUGGGAGCUAGCCGGAACCCUCCUUCUGGUAUGGAUCAUCUGUUAUUUCUGCAUAUGGAAAGGUGUCAAAUGGACCGGAAAAGUUGUGUACUUCACCGCUCUCUUCCCAUAUGUACUUUUGACAGUAUUACUUAUCAGGGGUAUCACCUUGCCUGGAGCGAUGGAAGGCAUCAAAUUUUAUGUAAUGCCCAACAUGUCCAAACUGAGAGAAUCUGAAGUGUGGAUCGAUGCUGUGACGCAAAUAUUCUUCUCCUAUGGUUUAGGUCUUGGAACACUGGUGGCUCUUGGAAGCUACAAUAAAUUCACCAACAAUGUGUAUAAAGACGCCUUGAUUGUGUGCUCAGUCAAUUCGAGCACCAGUGUUUUCGCUGGAUUCGCUAUAUUUUCCAUUGUUGGUUUCAUGGCGCACGAGCAGCAGAAACCAGUUGAAGAAGUCGCUGCUUCAGGACCUGGUCUGGCCUUCUUGGCAUACCCUUCGGCUGUCCUGCAACUGCCAGGAUCUCCGCUUUGGUCAUGUCUUUUCUUCUUAAUGAUAUUGCUGAUCGGUUUGGAUUCCCAGUUUUGCACGAUGGAAGGAUUCGUCACCGCAAUCAUCGAUGAAUGGCCCCAUCUUCUCAGGAGAAGAAAGGAAAUAUUUAUUGCUAUUGUUUGUGGCCUUUCCUACUUAGUCGGUUUGUCUUGCAUAUCGCAGGGAGGAAUGUACGUCUUUCAAAUAUUGGACUCGUAUGCUGUCAGUGGCUUCUGUCUUCUCUUCCUGAUAUUCUUCGAAUGUACGGCAAUAUCAUGGGCCUUUGGGUGCGACAGGUUUUACGAUGGCAUCAAGGAAAUGAUCGGAUAUUAUCCAAUCAAAUGGUGGAAGUUCUGUUGGACAAUAACAACACCAGCUAUUUGCUUCGGUGUUUUCAUCUUUAAUAUUGUACAAUGGACUCCCGUUAAAUACCUCAACUACGAGUUUCCUCUAUGGGCGCAUCUGUUUGGGUGGUUCACCGCCUUGACUUCCAUGUUAUGUAUUCCUGGUUACAUGAUUUAUAUUUGGAUGAAAACUCCAGGGAGUAGGGAAACUAAAAUGAGAUUACUCGUCAGGAUAGAUGACGAUGUUAAGACACUGAGGGCGAAAAUGCAAGCAUCUGCCGUCUGAAUUCUCGAACUUUUGAUUUUUUAUAGGUGCCGAAGUUUCGUUAAACGUAAUUCAGUUGAGUUUAAUUAUGUAAGCAUAUUAAUAAUCCAAAUAAUUUAUUUUAGAUUAAAGUGUUAAAUUUAUGGGUUUUAAUAUAUUGUAUAGUUUUCGAGGUCUAUUUCGAAGAAGUGGACGAAUAUUUGACAAUUAUUUUUAUUUAUUGUGCAUUGAAGUUUUAAUGUUUGUUGGUUUCAAAAUAUUAUCGAUAUCAAUAUAAAUGUCUUCCAGACUUUUUUCACAAAAAACACCUCAUUUGAUUGUAUAAAAUUAAACUGAAUUGAAACAUGAGGACCAACGAAAAUCAGACCAAGUACUGCACAAAAAUUUAGAUUCUUUUUAUAAAUUCAGUUAGACAUGUGAAAGCAAAUAUUGAAAAACUAUUUAAAUAAAAUUGUAGGAAAAAAAACAAUUCACGUCCCAUUAGUCUUUACACCAAAUCAGUCGAAACAUUUCAUUAGUAGGUAUUUCAUGAAAAUCAAAUGAGGAUAGGUACAUAUAUGAAGGUGUUCAAGUGAAAAAUGUCAUAAACGUAGUUAAAUAUUCAAGAUAUUUGAUGUGGUGUGAAAAUAUAUAUUUGUGGCUUCAGUGUUUAAGUGUUUUAAAUUUUCUAAAUUUUAAACUAUAAAAAUACGGGCUUGCUUAUGUAAUCAGAUUUCACAUUUAAAUAGAAAUAUUAACUACAUAAAUUAUUUGAAAUUCUAGUACCAAACUGUUAAAGUCACGUGUUCUCACGGCCUAAUUUUAUUGGACUAAAAACAGAUGGAUUAUUGAUUUAUGAAUGACCCAUUUGUUUGAAGUUCACCUUUGUUGAAUAUAUUCGAAUCUUCCAGAAAUGUUUUGAGUACUUUGCCACAAAGUGGCAAACGUAGCCUAAUUAGCUUUAUAUUAUUAUAUAUUUAUAGUGAAUGACAAUAUAUACUAUUAUUGUGGCUUCAGAGAUUCUGAAAAUGCGUUAGUAAAAACUAUAGACAAUAUGCUGAAACUAGGAUUGAUAAAGUAUUCUUGAAAUCUCAAUGUUUCAGAAGAAUCUCAUUAAAUAACUAACUUUUCUCUGCAGUGUGUCAUUAAAUGAAAUAUAUUCAUAUCAAAAUAUUUCGCUCUUCCAUAAAUGUUGUGAAUUGUGAUUAGCGUGAAAGUAUUGAAAAAAUAUGUUUUUGAUAUGUUAUUUUGUCUAUUCAUAUACCAACUAUAACGAAAUAUUGUAAAACAAUUCAUAUCAAUAGAAGUUUGUGAUUUAAU